AUGGCAUCUCCAUUUUUGAGAGACCCAGUUGACGAAGGAGCUAUUCUAGUUCAAUUAGCCUUUCAUACCGAUAGAGUUCUUCGCGAUCGCCAAGAUCCUUUAUGUCACACGGAUGAGUUCCUGUUUGAGCGAUUUCGAUUCAGCCAACAAGGACUCAUUUAUUUGCAAGACCUUCUCGGGCCGUACAUUGCAAAUGUCACACGCCGCAGCAGAGCUUUAACUGUGCUUCAGACUCUGUGCAUAGCCUUGAGGUUUUUUGCGUCAGGUACAUUUUUAUACAGUGUAGGUGAUGCAGAAAACAUUGGCAAUGCCGCAGCAUGCGUUGCUGUAAGAAAAGUGUACUUGGCGCUCAACCAGCUGAUAAAUAAAUUCAUCAUAUUCCCUGGCCAUGUCCCAGUCAAUGACAUCAAAGAGGGAUUUUAUGCAAUUGCAGAGUUUCCUAAUGUCAUUGGCACAGUGGACUGCACCCAUAUCCGCCUGAAAAAGCCCUCUAGGCCAAACAAGGCCGAUUUUGUGAAUAGAAAGGGCUUUCACAGCCUUAAUGUUCAGAUGAUCUGUGACUCCAGCUGUCUGAUCACAAAUGUUGAGGUCAAGUGGCCGGGGUCUGUCCACGACUCCCGGAUAUUCCGAGACUCCACACUAUGCUACAGCUUUGAGCAAGGUAACUACGAUGGGCUCCUAAUUGGAGACAGGGAUUACGCCUGCAGGCCCUGGUUCAUGACCCCGUAUCCCGAGCUAGCCCCAGGCCCUGAGGUUCGGUUCAACGGUGCUCUCUCUAGAACGAGGGCACGGAUAGAGAUGACCUUUGGCCUACUAAAGGGCAGAUUUAAUUGUCUGCGGGGGCUGAGGGUGGAACCGGACAGGGCCUGUGCAAUCACGGUGGCAUGUGCUGUGCUCCACAAUGUGGCCACACUCAGGAGGGAGAGGGUCCCAGUGAUCGUGGCCCAUCCUGAGGACAAUGUGGAACCGAUCCAUCUACAUGAGCGGUCGGAGCGGCUGCAAGGAACAUCAUUGCCCAGCAUCAUUUCAGAUAGCUGUCCAGAUGACUUUGGGUAA